AUGUGUGUUUUGAACCCAAAAACGACCUCACAUCUGCCUUGCGACCUGUUUCUCUUAACAAGGCAGAAUGAAGGGUUUCAAAUCCCUUUUUUUCUGUCUACAGAGGAGGAGGCAGCAAAAGUGCGACCGCCUGCAGUCGUAAAGACGCUCGAGGCUCGUCUGGAAGAGCUGUCGCCGAAGCAGCAGGAGACACUCAGAGAUUUCAAGGAAAUUGUCAAGUCCGCCCCGUGGUACAACGAGAAUGAGCACGAUGAUUGGUUGCUUAUUCGUUAUCUAAUCGCCCGUAACUUUGACAAGAAGAAAUCGUUCGCCAUGUUAGAGAAAUCUGUGAGGUGGCGCAAAGAGAAGGAUGUUGACAAUUGGGUGUGUGAGGUUUGCUUAGAGAACCCAAAUAAGCACCUGAUGCAGUUUGUCGGGUGGGACCUUCAAAGUCGUCCUGUUUGUUUUAUGGCAAUGCGGUGGGGGCCAGAGCGAAAACAUCCACUCAAGCACUGUGUGAAUGCAUUCAACCAUCUGGUGAGGCUCAUGCCAGUCGGAGUAGAGCAGUGGGUAUGCGUCACGGAUUUUGAAACCUUCUCCUACGUUAAAGAUAGCCAUCCCAAAAUGGCUCUCAGCGUGGUGCAAACUAUUCAGGAUCACUUCCCCGAACGCUUGGGAUUGAUGAUCCUUGUGAAUCCCCCCAAGAUGUUUGCCGUACUUUGGUCAGCACUCUCCCCCGCAAUUGAGGAAAAGACAAGGGCAAAGGUGAUGUUACUUUACACAAAGGUGAAACCAAACAUCCAAACUGGUUUUGCCAAAAUCUUUCCAACGGCACUUGCGGAGUACCUUUGCGAAUCCUACAGAAGGAGCGAAGCAAACGUUCUUCCGACGACUCCUGUGUGGUACCCUGUACAGGGCAAGGAGUGA